AUGUCUGACCUCAUCCUUGUCAUUGGCGGUACCGGUGCUCAAGGCUUCGAAGUCGUGAAAGCGCUUUUGGGCUCGGAGGAGCACUUCUCAGUCCGUGUGUUGUCACGAGACCCAGAGAAGGCGAGAGUUAAGGAGCAAUUCAAGAACUUACCCGUCGAAGUUGUCAAAGGCUCCUUUACAGAUCGAGACGCUGUUAGCUCUGCGCUUCAAGGCUGCUACGGCGUAUAUGUCAACACGGACGGCUUUACUGUCAAUGAGGCCAACGAGCUCGCUGCUGCGGUCGGCAUCUACGAAGUAGCUGUGCGAGUCCCUGGACUGCGACACUUCGUGUGGAGUGGAACGGAUUAUCUGCUCAAGUUGUCGUGCUUUAACCCAAGAUACGCCGCCCACCAUGCAAAUGCGAAAGCUCGAUUCAGCGACUACUUGAGAAGCCAGCUCUCCGAAUUCUCUCCGGGACAUCUCGCCUGGACGAUAUACAACCCACCAGCGUACACAGACAUGCUGCAGAGUGGUAUGUUCCAACCACAAAUCACCGCAGAUGGCACAAGGGUCUUCCCUUUUCCGAUCAAACCCACCGCUCGCAUUCCCUUCAUAACGAUCCGCGACAUCGGAGCAUACGCUCUCGCAAUCUUCCUCGACCCCGUCGGCUGGUCCGGCAAGACUCUCUACCCAGGCUCUCACUACGCCACAGGGCCCGAGAUCGCCGAGACCCUCACCAGAGUCACAGGCCUUCCUGCCAAGUUCUUGUCGAUGGAUACAGAAGAAUGGAAAAAGGCCAUGGGAGCUAGAGGUACAGCCCCGCUGGUUGUUGGCGACGAUGAAGGGAUCACUUUGGGGGAAAACUUUGCGAUGACCUGGGCGGCGUGGGGAGAAGAUGUUUUUGUAGAGAGAGAUUUUGAGGCGCUUAGGAAGCUCCAUCCUGAGCUUGAGAGUUUGGAAGGGUGGAUGAGGAGGACUGGAUAUGAUGGGACGGAAAAGCCGUUUCUAAGAUUGUUGAUCGACAAGGCCGAAGCGGCGAAGGGGAGUGGCAAGUGA